AUGUGGGACAGAGCGGAGCCUCCUUCUUCACCUCAAUACUAUCGUCGCAUGCCUACAUCCGCAAUAUCCAUCGUAGAGGAGUCGGAUGGACCGAAAGAGGAAUCUGAGCCAGUCUUUCAGCAUAGUGAUUUAAACAGUGUUUCAGCAAUUCGAGAUGGACCGCCAGAUGACCCUAUGCUGCACGUCCAGUGUGGCAAAUUGGAUAUUGUGUCAGACUUCCAAGAAGGACCUUCAGAGGUCCCUAUGCCAGAGCUAGAUGAACAAGAUAUGGGCGGUUCAGACAACCAACCCCCCACCCUAAUACUACUUCAAAGCAGUUACACAACUGUGCCCACACGAGAACUGAAUGGAGGGCAGUACAUAUUACCAAAUAACACUAAGCAGACACUACUAAGUAAUAUGGGUUCCUGCUAUCCUCAAGGUGAAGAUGUUUGCUUUGUGUACUCCACGCCACCUGAACUGAAUACAGGCGAUUGGAAUGGUACGCAAUCCCUUCCUUCUCCGAUCCCUCUACCGCUUCCUGAUACCGGUCCCGUCAAUGAACCCACAGGAGAACAGACUAGAGCACCUAUAACCAGCAGACGGAGGAGGGUGCGCUAUGAAGACUGGCAAAUUGAAAUUCUGACAAGAGAAUUUGAAAGAAACCACAGACCGAGUAGUUCGGUUUACGCUCGCAUUGCUGAUGCAACCAAUGUGUCGACGAGAAACGUAUUCACACCUCGAAAGGAAGAGAUGAGCGACCAUAACACGGGUGUUUGCAAGGCAUUUGCGAAACCCUCAUGGACAGGAAAAGGGGAGCCGAACCAGUUGGUAAUCAAGUGCACAUACGCCGCAUCACCUCCCUCUCCAUCCCCUGCCCUGCCACCCUCCCUUUCGCCCUCGCACACCUGCAAGCCCAACGAGGGUCAGCUGGCCAAAAGACAAAAUGACGACUUUAGUGUUACAGGAAUCUGUAAAUAUGCUGAUGAUGUGGCAGAUGGGAACCAUGAACUAAACUUGCACGACUGCUCGACACCUCGAAAAGUUGCCAUCUCCUGGGCCCAGAGAUAA